UGGCGUCUCCUCCUCAGUCAGUCAGUCGGUCGGUGUGGAGGAGAGCGGACGGAGCGGAGCGACGCACCGGGACCCUGGAUCUGUACUACACAAAUACGGCAGCAAGACCACAACCGACCAACCGACCGGCAGGCAGGCAGGCAGGAGCCGAGCAGCAUGGAGCUGUGAGGGCUGCGGGCCGACUGGGACCUGCUCCCCAAAAAUCACUGUUUGAUUUGUUUAUUUACCGCAUCUGCGAGCUUUUCACCAACAUGGAGACUACAGGCUGCUGGCUGCUACUGGCUCUACAUUUCAUCCUCAUUUGCCCACAAGCUGAAGGAUAUGCAUACAGAAAUCAACGCAAGUUCUCAGAAGAAAUUGACUGGUCGUAUGCAGGAACGUUAAACCAAAACAACUGGGCUAAGAAGUUUCCAUCCUGCAGCAACGCCAAGCAGUCUCCCAUCAACAUCGAGGAGAACCUGUCUCAGGUGAAGCUGCAGUACCAGAAACUGAGGUUUGACGGCUGGGAGAGCCUGACAACUGACAGGACGACCAUCAAAAAUGAUGGCAAGACUGUGGCGGUUGAUGUGGAUGGAGAGUUUUAUGUCAGUGGAGGGGGUCUCAGGUCAAAGUUCAAGGUCGGGCGCAUCACCUUCCACUGGGGGCGCUGCAAUGCCUCUUCAGAGGGCUCCGAACACAGUCUGGAUGGAGUCAAGUACCCUCUAGAGAUGCAGAUCUACUGUUAUGAGGCGCAUCGCUUUGACUCUUUAGAUGAAACCAUCAAGGCCGGAGGCAGAAUCACAGCACUCGCCGUGCUGUUUGAGACGAGCGUUGAAGAGAAUCUGAACUACGCUGCCAUCAUAGACGGCAUCAACAGCGUGAGCAGAUUUGGUAAGAGCGCCGAGAUUUUACCCUUCGCCCCGCAAGGUCUCCUGCCGAACUCCACAGAGAAAUACUUCAUUUACAACGGCUCUCUGACCACACCGCCCUGCAGAGAGACUGUCGAGUGGAUCGUCUUCAGGAACACAGUGGCCAUCUCUGACGAACAGCUGGAGAUGUUCUGCGAGGUGAUGACGAUGCAGCAGGCGGGAUACGUGAUGCUGAUGGACUACCUGCAGAACAACUACAGGGAACAGCAGCAGCAGUUCAUGGGCCAGGUGUUCUCCUCCUACACGGGCACCGAGGAGGUCCUCACACCAGUGUGCAGUUCGGAGCCGGAGAACAUCCAGGCAUCACCCCACAACCUCAGCAGCCUGCUAGUGACAUGGGAACGACCACGGGCUGUGUACGACGCCAGCAUCGAGAAAUACUCUGUCAGCUACCAACUGGCCAAUGUAGAAAACUCCGCCCCCUCUGUAUACCUGACCGACGGAGACCAGGAUGUGGGGGCGAUACUCGAUGACCUAUUAGCCAACACCAGCUACGUGGUCCAGGUGGUGGCAGUCUGCACCAACGGUCUGUACGGACGUGUGAGCGACCUGCUGACGGUCGUCAUGCCCAUCGACGACCCCGAAAACACACUGGAUCCAUAUUCAGAUGAAUUUAACAUUGAGAGCAACUAUGAACCUGAUCUGUCUUGGAAUGAACCAGUCAAAACCGAGGAUUAUGAUCUGGCCUUAAUUCCUACAAAAGCACCAAGGACCACAACUUCUGGAUCACUUCUUGUGCCUUUACCUGGCAUCAGAAGCACAACAGCAGAAUCUGGUCAUGGGAAAACCACCACUGAUCCGAUUCCAUGGGUCAGAUCCACCCAGUAUGGUCAAGUCCAGAGCCAUUCUGUAGAGACGGUACGCCACAGUACCUCCUCACAACCACCAGAGACCAGAGGAAGUGCUGACUUCAGUGGCAACGAUCCCUCCUUCUCCACAACAACAACAACAACAACCAAGGAAGUCUUCAUUUCCACUUCUACUACUCCUUUAUACUCCAAUGCAAAGACAGAUGGUGUUCUCGAAGGCAUCAGUCCAAGAGACGCCUCUGAAAGGACAAAAGGUGGUGUUAGUACCAUUAGUCCUACAUUUACCAGUGCAAAGACAAAAGGUGGUGAGAGUAUUUCUUCAUACAGCACCACUACCAGCACAUUGAGGUCUCGUAUCAGCGACAUGAGUAGCACCACAUCAUCGUCCUUCAUCCAGGCUGAGACGGACCAUAACCUGGCGCAUCCGGUAAACAUGGACACCACCACUGAUGGAGGUGUGUCCACUGGACCCGGAGGUCUUCCAGAGAUCCACGCAGAAAGUUCAACCUACCAGCCUACCUCCCCGAGUGAAGCUGUUCCACGUAGGCCCACAAGUCCCAGCAUGCCCCAUUUUUCGUCUACCACGACCUCUGUCCGGUUGAGUGGCGUUCUCUUGCAGACCACACAGCCACUAUCCAAUGGUGAGCGCUCCUCUGUCCUCCCCUCCUCCUCCUCCUCCUCCUCCUCCUCCGCCUCCUCCUCCCCUCUGUGUGACACUGCGGACCCCGAUGCUGCCCCCUCCACCUGCUUGCAUGACCCUCCCUCCUCGUCUUGGCCUAUGUUGUCUGCCUCUGCAUCGGACUCCCAGCAUGCUGCUACUGCACCGCUGUCUAGCAAAGACCCGGCUUCUCCUUCAACCCCCUCACUCCCUGCCUCAACCCUGCCUCACCUCCCUCACCCCUCGCAGCCCCUUUCUGGUUGGGAGACUAACCCUGUCUCCCCCGGUGUCGGGUUUGAUGAUAAUGAUAGCGAUGGUGAUUUGUUAUCUGGGUCUUCAUCUUCGUCAGCCUCUUCAGGUGACCCCUCAGUAUUUAGCGAUACCCCUCCUCUCAAAAUGGUGCCUGAGCCGUCUAGCACCACCUUCACCGCCGAGCUUUCUGAAUCCUCUUGGGAUCCGUCACUCUCAGCAGUGUCCCUGUCUCUUAGCCCCACCCUCCAGCCCUCAGUUCUCCUCUCUAGUGACUUCACCUUUUCGGGCACAACUCCAGGUUUAUCCCGUUCUUUCUCUGUUGGGUUUGAGGACUCAAGGUACGCCACGGGGAGCAUAAUAGAGUCUUUUCUCCCCGAGGUCAGCGGUGAUGGGUUACCAUUAACUAGCGACAUGGACUCCAUGUGCGGCUGUUCUCUGGAGCCGUCGGCGUCCUCAUCCUGGUUGCAUGCCUCUCCUCAUGUAUCCCUGCCUUCCUCAGCCUGGGACUCUGCUAGCUUAGAGCUUUACUCUAGUGUGGGCUUCCCUUCGGCCUCUGGUGUUGGUAUAGAUGAUCUUUUAAACUCUUUGUCUGUGGCAGGUUCGGAUGGUCUGUCCUUAGACCAGCCUCUGCACUCCCAUAGAGCUGUCUCUCCCUCAUUGUCCUCUUCACACUCCCACCUUCUCCAAGUCACCUAUAGUGACCUGCCCGUUUCUGUUGCACCCACAGCGUCUGGCGUCAGGAAUCCCUGGUUCUCGACAUCAGACGGGAACUCCGCCCUACAAACCUCUGCCCUCCCUCCCUCACCCACAGUCUCCCCGUUCACCCCCACCCUAGAAGGACAGGCGUUAGACACUAGCAGCAGUGCCUCCGGCUCGGCCCUGUUCCCAGACUCCCAGGAGGGCAUAGAUCAGGAGUGGGACAGGGUUCAAACCUCGGCCUCUGGAGAGAGCGUGUUCCCUUAUUCAACCAAAGUCACUAACACCAUUCCCCCGUCUAAGACUUCUGAGUCCGGACAAACCCCUGAUGAUUUGGAGGAACGCUCCUCAGCGUUCUAUUUUGAAAGUGAGAGUGGUAGUGCCAUCACCUCGGAGGUGGGAGGCACAGUGACGCCAACCCUCCCUGCGGUAACCUCGGCUUCACCCUGGUCGCUGGGCGGGGAGGAGGAGAGUGGCUCAGGGCAGGGUGAAGGCCUGUAUGACAACGAGACGUCCUCUGACUUCAGUAUCUCCGAGCGCACAGAAAGAGAGUCAGAGGAAGAGGAGCCAGUCGCAGAUGCCAGUAACAGCAGCCAUGAGUCAAGGGUUGGUUCCAUCAGGGAAAGAGAGAGGAAGGCUGUGGUUCCUCUGGCCGUCAUCUCCACCCUCACCGUCGUUGGCCUGAUUGUUCUCAUCAGUAUCCUCAUCUACUGGAGGACCUGUUUUCAGACAGCUCACUUCUACAUCGAUGACAGCUCAUCACCUAGAGUCAUCGCUGCACCGUCCACUGCUGCAUUAACAUCCGACGAGGAAACAGCUUUUCCAGUGAAGGAGUUUGUCAAACACGUUGCUGAGCUUCACGACACCCAUGGCUUUCAGCGAGAGUUUGAGAUACUGAAGGAGAGUUAUGAGGAGGUUCAGGUAUGCACAGUGGACAUGGGGAUGACAACCGACAGCUCCAACCAUCCGGACAACAAGACUAAAAACAGAUACAGCAACAUCCUGGCCUAUGAUCACAGCCGGGUGCGACUCUCGCCACAGGCUGACAAAGAUGGAAAAACGAGGGAUUACAUCAACGCAAACUACGUGGACGGUUUCAAGAAGUCGCGCUUGUAUAUCGCCGCCCAGGGUCCUCUGAGGUCGAGCACCGAGGAUUUCUGGAGGAUGGUUUGGGAGCAAAAUGUCUGUGUCAUCGUCAUGAUCACUAACCUGGUGGAGAAAGGAAGAAGGAAGUGUGAUCAGUACUGGCCGGCGGAGGGGCAGGAGGAGUACGGCAGCUACCUGGUGACGGUGAAGAGCAGCAGAGUGCUCGCCUACUAUACUCAGAGGACCUUCACUAUCAGGAACACCAACGCAAAAAAGGGCUCCCAGAAGGGGCGGAGCAACGAGCGGACAGUGAUGCAGUACCAUUACACCCAGUGGCCCGACAUGGGCGUCCCAGAGUUCGCUCUGCCGCUCCUCAGCUUUGUCCGCAAGUCUUCCAGAGCCAGGGCCGACGACAUGGGGCCGGUGGUGGUGCACUGCAGUGCUGGCGUGGGCCGGACGGGAACGUACAUCGUCCUGGACAGCAUGCUUAAGCAAAUAAGAAAUGAAAACGCUGUCAACAUCACAGGCUUCCUCAAACACAUCCGCACACAAAGGAACUACCUGGUUCAGACAGAGGAACAAUAUGUUUUUAUCCAUGAUGCCUUGGUGGAAGCCAUCCUGUCCGGAGAGACAGAGGUGGUGGCGGCUCACCUGCACAGGUAUGUGGACGAGCUGCUUAUCCCGGGACCUGCUGGGAGGAUGUGCUUGGACAAACAGUUCAAGCUGGUUUGUGACUACGGAGUGAAGCAGUGUGACUACUCUACAGCUCUGCAUGACUGCAACCGCAGCAAGAACAGAAACUGCUCCAUGAUACCCGUUGAGAGGUCACGAGUGCGACUGUCUACGACAGCAGGGGAAACGUCAGACUACAUCAAUGCAUCGUACAUCGCAGGUUACAGGCACAGCAACGAGUUCAUCAUUACCCAGAAUCCUUUGCCUGGCACCAUAAAGGACUUCUGGAGGAUGAUAUGGGACCACAAUGCCCAGGUUAUUGUAUCGCUGCAGGGGACACUGCCAGCCGAGACAGAGGAAGAGGAGCCGUGUGUCGUUUGGCCCCGUAAAGGGCAGCCAAUCAUCUAUGAAAUGUUCACCGUCACUCACAGGAGUGAGAAUAACAUCUGUCUGGCUAACGAGGACAUGGUAGUGGUCCAGGACUACGUACUGGAAGCUACACAGGAUGACUACAGUCUGGAGGUGAAACACUACCGUGCCCCUCGAUGGCCAAACCCAGACAGUUCCAUCAGCAACACCUUUGAGCUCCUCAACCUGGUGAAAGAGGAGAGCGAUGCCAAGGACGGCCCCACUGUGGUCCAUGAUGAUGUGGGUGGAGUCACGGCAGGAACAUUCUGCGCUCUAUCUUCUCUGACUCACCAGCUGCAGGCUGAAGGUUCGGUUAAUGUCUUCCAAGUGGCCAAGCUGACAAACCUCAUGAGACCAGGAAUCUUCAGCGACAUUGAGCAGUACCAGUUCCUGUAUAAAGCCAUGCUGAGUCUCAUCGGGACACAGGAAGACGAGAAAACCCUCCAGUCCUCCGACAACAAUGGUACCAUCGUGGUAGGAACUGCCAGCACUGCCGAGAGCCUUGAAUCCCUGGUGUAACUGCCCCAAAAAACACAAAGAACUCUUGCUUAACUUUUACAAACAAGCAACAGCAUUUUUUCCUUCCUCUUCAACCACCAACAGAACUUCUCCUGAUGCCAGACUCAUGCUACAACUACUAGAUAAAAAUCCUCGUCAUUCAGGACUCUGUGUUGGAGUUUGAGGCUGGCAUGACAAAUUUCUUCUACGCUGGAUCUGGACUCCCUGCGGUUUUGUAAAGUGUGCCUUUUUGUAUUUUUCAUCCUGUACUUCUAACUUUGAUACAAGCUGUAGACUAACGCUGUACUACCCUCAACUAACAAACUUUUCCUAGACCUUUGUAUUUAUUGGCACUGAGCCAAAUGGGGAAAAAAGGGAAAAACUGCAUCUUUUUACAUCAAAUGACAUAUUUUGUUAGCUUGUCUUUUAUAGAGCUCCUGCACUGAACUCCUUUUUGUAAAUACCAUCGCAACGGUAGCAGCAGUCAAAUAUAAAAUAAGGGCCUGGAAUAAUAAAAAUAAUAAUCUAAUGUAAAUAAUAUUAUAGUAAUCAACUUGAUGGACCAAAUUUCUAUUUAUACUUUUAGAUUUUUAUAUUUUACCAUUUUUAGUGCAUUCAAAUGUUAUGGUUUAAUUCUAAUUGCUUAGUUGGAGAACAUUAAUGCUUUUAUAUUCUGGAUUUUGUAACAGACUAAAUGUGAUGCAUGUUUGUUUUUUAGCUGGACAUAAAACACUGCUGGAUUAUUAGCUAGGGGAUUAAAUAAGUGACAGAACACCAAAUAAAGAGCCUGUUGGCGUGUUUUGUUACUGUGCAGAACUAUAACUACACAGCAGCUAAGUAACACAUUUUCACCAACAAAAGAUUUAGGUUACUAAAUGUUAGAAAUCCUGCUCUCAUGUUCAUAAAAUCAGUUAUAAUAAUCUUACAUAUAUCCUAGAUGUUGAAAAUACAAACUAAAUCAUACACACUGGUCCUUUAGAGGUCCAGCCACCGUAGUUUCUCCUACACACUUCACUGCUCCAUUCCCAGGUCGUCAAAUACAGAUGCAAAUGGUGCUCUGUUAGUUGAAAUCUGUAACUUCAGCGCUACAUGCCUCUAAAUCCUACACACUGGUCAUUUUAUGUGGAGGUAAGAUACCUUUCUCUGUCAGAAUUAAUGUUUUUCUUUUACUCUGUACCUGUAUGGCAAUUAUUUCCUUUAUCUUGAAAAUUACCAAGAAAAUUUCAGCCAGUGAGUUUGAGUUUCCAACAUACUUAUUGUAACUAAUUUUAUUUUAUGCAUAACAAAUGGAUUAUGAGGCAUGAAAAUGCUGGAUCAGGGAUAACGGAUGUAAGGAAUCACAGUUAGGACCAUGCUACCAUAGCAAACAACUGCCUCCAUCAUCUCUUUUUUUAGUAUGGCACAGCCUAGGAACCCUGGGACAGGGAAACAUUUAAAGGUCCAGUGUGUAACAUUUAGGAUGAUCUUUUGGCAAAAAUGGAAUAUAAAAUUCAUAGGUAUGUUUUCAUUAGUGUAUAAUCACCUGAAAAUAAGAACUGUUAUGUUUUCUUUACCUAACAAUGAGCCAUAUACAUCUACAGACAAUAAGAUAAAAGGGAAAAAAAAAACAAAGUUACAGUUAUUUAUUGGGGCAUUACAUUUCCUACACUAGCUAAUUUAGUGCAAAAUCUGGCAUAUUUGGUUUGAUGUAAUGGCCUAACGUUGGCCUAACACCAACUCCUAAAUGGAAGCGAUGUGGUUUCAGUUUUUUUUUUUCAAAGAAGCUAUCCUAACCCGCUCCGUGCAUCAACAGGCUGAACGAUGUGUCGCUUGUUUGAAAAACUGCUCUGGUUCUAUUGCCUUUCUCCACCUCCACCCUGGUAUGUGUGGAGAUCUGGCUAUGCGAGACUAGUCAGCAACCAACAUGAUGAUGAGAAACUAAUUUACGAGGUUGAGAAGCGGCACUUCUUACAUGAUCCACCCGCUUCAUUAGAUUUUGAUAUUUCUGUGUACAAAAGUAUUUUUUAAAAUGAAAUUUCUUAAUAAUGUGGCCUAUAGUUGAGUUAGUUAUUUUCACAAACAACCAUGUUCUACUAAUGACAUUUUGAUUACUGGAAUAAAACGUAUCCAGCAGGCAAAAAAAGACUGGCCGAGAAAGCAGUUUACAUUUGCAUUGUAGGCCUUUAGCUCCCGUGUUUAUCCACAGUGACUUACAGCAGCAGAAUGGACCUCAGCUCCUCAAUCACCAGCCUCACACACGACCAACAGGAACGAGGGCAAAGGUCAGAGGUCACAACAGCAUGACGAGAGAUGGAGCAAACACCCCAGUGAGUCUUACAUGAGAUAGGUGUUAAUGAAAGAAACACAGAAACAGAGAAAAUAAAGACAUGGUCUGAUGAAAACUGUGUCCUAUCCAACCUGUGGAUUAUACAUUUUCCCUUUAUGGAGUCAUGCUUUAAUCCGUGCACUGAACUGGUUAUUCCAAUUGAUUUCCCAUGUGUUAAUCCGGGUUAAGACUCUGCAAGAAAUGCGCCUUUUCAGGACAGGAAAUAGGUCAAGUGUCCAGACGUCGUCUUGACUGGCCGCCGUAUCCACACCUUCAUUUGCAUUUUUGACUUUUCAUAAUUACAUACCCAAUUAUCCCCUGCUUGGUGGCCUAGUUUGCAUGGCUGCCUCCAAAUAAAGUGGGCGCAAACAGGC